GAUGCCCUAGAAAAAUAGAGAUGGUUUGGAAUCUAUCUCUGUUUUCAUAAGAGCAGUACAGUAUUGUUGGUGGCCCGAGAUAAUCCAUAAAUCUAGCAAAUCCCCUUUGCCCCAUUCCUUCCCAUUUAUUAAUCGAUCGUUGUCGCUUUACACCCAUCCCUCUCCCUCCUCUCUCUCUCUCUCUCUCUCUCUCUCUCUCUCUCUCUCAUCUUGCAGCAUUCGAACGCCAUGUCCGCGGAAUCAGCCUCUGGAAUUCAGAGAAGCCAAGUGGAUCUACUUGACUUUGUUGACUGGUCUGGAGUCGAAUGCCUUAACUAUAGCUCCAGUCACUCGCUUGCAAAUGCUCUUAAACAGGGUUAUCGAGAAGAUGAGGGUUUAAACCUGGAGAGUGAUGCAGAUGAGCAACUUUUGAUUUAUAUACCUUUCAUCCAAGUUGUUAAACUGCAUUCCAUUGUCAUAAAAGGGCCAGAAGAUGAAGGUCCUAAAACUGUGAAGCUUUUUGCAAACAGAGAACACAUGGGAUUUAGCAAUGUCAACGACUUCCCUCCAAGUGACACAGCUGAUUUGUCCUUGGAUAACAUUAAGGGUAAACCGGUUCUCUUAAAAUAUGUCAAGUUCCAAAACGUUCGCAGCUUGACAAUAUUUGUCGAAGACAAUCAAUCUGGUUCUGACAUCACAAAAAUUCAGAAGAUUGUCCUUUAUGGAACAACGGUGGAAACGACGGACAUGAAAGGUCUGAAGAAGAUAGAGGAGCACUGAACCUGAAGGGGGGGGAACAAGAGGAGGAGGAGGAGGAGGGGGGGGGAGAGGAAUGCGAGGCAGAAGGAAAAAGAAGAAUGAUAUCUACUCAAAAUACUUUCGAAGGCAUAUCCAUAUUUAAACGUACAUUUGGUUCUGAAAUUUUGUCCAACUUAACCAAUUUGUACUUGCUGUCUGCGUGAAAAGUCUUCUCACUCGCUAUGGCUAAUAACUUGCAUUAAAGUUCUGAUGGACCAUGGCUAUCUCUUUCUUUGUA